AUGGCCGCUGACUCUUCCCUCGUCGACCUCCAUGAUGCGUCCGACAUUGACAAGGACGAUCUUGACUCUCUCCCAUCCAUAUCCACCGACGACAUUUACUCCGAUGUAUCAGACUCAGACGCGCAGGCCGAGUGGGAGCGCAGUCUCGAGCAGCUGCAAUUGAUACUGACAAUGAUGAUCGUCCCCUGGAUGGGUAAAUACUUUGGUCGAAAGUUUGCUUAUUGGAGUUGGUCGCGGUAUAUGGAGUGGGCACAUAACGUCGACAUUCGAUUAACAGAUAAGAAGAAAUUCAAGGCAGCAGGUGUUGUCGAGACUGCGGCAACAUUAUAG